UUGUUGGCCGUCACACUCAGCUUCGUCACUCCAAGCUCCAGCUUGACGCGUGGUAUGACUUAUAGAGCAGCCCGUCGCGUGCCUCGGGCAGUCGCUCUCAAGCUCUUUCCGUAUUUGUCAUCCUUCACGGAAGGAACCUUGCACGGUCAUCGUCAUGAUCAUAAUGACAUUGGUAUCUCGGCGUUUGCACAAUGCAUCACUCUUUCUUCUCUACGCGUUUGAUCACUUCCUGAGCAGUUUUCUCACGUCCACACCGUCUUCCUCGCUAUGAGACACGAACGCAAUCCAGGGGACCUGGAGCCCCUUCUCCGUCGCUCAACAUCACCGAGUCUGUCCGGAAGCGAUGGAAAGGACGAAGAUGAAACUAUCUCGACCUCGCGUGGAGCAUUUAUCAUGGGAUCUAUUGGCUUGCUCAUAUUUCUACAAGCAACAAAUAUCUCCAUCCUCACCACCACACAAUCCUCCAUCGCUGCAGAUCUCGAUGCCUUCGAGAAGGUCAGCUGGUUGACUUCCUCCUACCUGAUCGCAAUGUCGUCUUUAGCUCCCUUAAUGGGCCGGCUGUCCCAGGUAUUCAGUCCGCGACUCUGCAUGUUCUUUUCCACCAUCGUAAUGAGUAUUGGGACCACCAUCACCGCGUCGGCCGUAUCUUUUGAUAUGUUCAUAGUGGGGAGAGUGUGUGCAGGAGUUGGAGGUGGUGGCAUAUUCAUCGUUGCUAGUAUCCUUGUCAUUCAAAUGACUUCUCCGAAACGACGCGGUCUUUAUAUUGGUCUAGUCAAUUCUGGAAUGACCGUGGGUGUUUCGUUGGGAGCUGUGAUAGCGGGUGCACUAGAGCCAAAGAUCGGAUGGAAACCUCUCUUUGGUGUUCAGGCGCCGCUGAGUCUGCUUGCAGGAUUUGGCCUCCUCUUUUCUAUCCCAGCCAACCACACCUCCAAAAACGACACGUAUAUGUAUCUUUCUGUCAAGGAAAAGCUCGCACGCAUCGACUACUCUGGAGCCUUGUUGCUGAUUGCCACUAUUGUUCUCUUCUUGCUCGGGUUAUCUGGCCCACAUGUUCUUCUAACGCCGCUCAUCCUGUCUGCCUUGGCUCUGCCAAUCUUCAUCCUGAACGAGAUAUACAUUGCUAAAGAUCCCAUCAUCCCCGUCUCCGUCCUACGCUCUCGUGGAACGCUGCUCACAUGUCUCGCAACGACCGGCUUCAUGAUGGCUCGCUGGUGCAUAUUGUUCUACACGCCUGUAUAUGCUCUCGCCGUCCGAGGCUGGCAACCCGCCGUGGCUGGAUCGAUACUCAUCCCGACCAACGCUGGCUUCGCUUCUGGUGGCCUACUUGCUGGUGUGUUCCAUAUCAAGAGGACUGGCAGUUUUUACAUGCAUAGCGUCAUCUCCAUGGGGCUCUUCCCGCUCACUAUGCUUGUUCUGUCAUUCAUAUCCACACCCACUAGCACGUGGAGUUUGUAUGUCUCGAUCGUCUUCCUUAAUGGGCUCGUCACCGGCGCAUCUCUGAACUACGCUUUGGUCCAUCUCUUACAUCUAACACUCCCGGGUGUGCAUCCUAUCGUUCUAUCUCUACUGGCUACCUUCCGUGGGUUUGCUGGCAGCUUCGGAUCGGCGAUCGGCGGAGGUCUCUUUGGGCGCGUUCUACACAAGUCUCUCAAAAGUGGUUUUGCUGACGCGGGACUCGAGCAACGCGGCGAUUUGAUCAGAAGGCUCUUGGGCAGUCCGGCGCUGGUGGGAAGGUUGGAGGGCAUGGAGAGGUCCGUCGCUGUCGGCGCGUACCAAGACGCGUUGAAAGCACUAUUUCUCAGUGCCGUCGGAUUGUCCGCAGUGGUUGUAGUCGUGCAGGCGUGCACAGGUUGGAAAGAGCCGGCAAAGAACGAGUUGUUGGCAGAAGAAGAUGAUGAGGAAAUUGACGGUGAAGAGGGACUGUUUGCUGCAUCCUGAGGGUCUGAUAGAAGAGUGGUAAGUACGUCGUCUUUAGAAGAGUUAAUGGUAAUGUAGAAUGGGGCUGUUCGCCUGUAAGAUGGGUUGACGUCGUCGCGAGAUCUCGGAUGCUCCGUCGCCGUUGUCAGUCAAUGACAGUACUUGUCCGAUCACUUCUGCAGCGUCUAUCUGUCCCAUCGCUGAAAUGUUCGUAUGAGCUACGCAUACAAGUAACGUCUCAGAAGCCCC